AUGGUGCAGGGCAUCCUCAUGCAGUUCCAGCAGGACUUUUACGGGAUCAAAGAGAGAGCAAAGCAGGAAAAGCGCUCUCUCUGUGACGACUCCCCCAUCCCGAUGGCUUCCUGCCCCAACUCCCCCAGUGGCUUCCUGCCCCAGCUCCCCGAGUGGCUUCAUUCCCCAGCUCUCCCAGUGGCUUCCUGCCCCAGCCCCCCCAGCUCCACCAGAGGCUUCCUGCCCCAGCUCCCCGAGUGGCUUCCUUCCCCAGCUCCCACAGUGGCUUCCUGCCCCAGCUCCCCCAGUAGCUUCAUCCCCCAGCUCCCCCAGUGGCUUCAUUCCCCAGCUCCCCCAGUGGCUUCAUCCCCCAGCUCCCCCAGUGGCUUCAUUCCCCAGCUCCCACAGCUCCUCCAGUGGCUUCAUCCCCCAGAUCCCCCAGUGGCUUCAUUCCCCAGCUCCCCCAGUGGCUUCAUCCCCCAGCUCCUCCAGUGGCUUCAUCCCCCAGCUCCCCAAGUGGCUUCAUCCCCCAGCUCCCCCAGUGGCUUCAUUCCCCAGCUCCCACAGCUCCUCCAGUGGCUUCAUCCCCCAGCUCCCCUAGUGGCUUCAUCCCCCAGGUCCCCCAGCUCCUCCAAUGGCUUCAUUCCGCAGCUCCCCAGUGGCUUCAUUCCCCAGCUCCCCCAGUGGCUUCAUCCCCCAGCUCCCCCAGUGGCUUCAUCCCCCAGCUCCCCAAGUGGCUUCAUCCCCAGCUCCCCCAGUGGCUUCAUCCCCCAGCUCCCCAAGCGGCUUCAUCCCCCAGCUCCCCCAGUGGCUUCAUCCCCCAGCUCCCCCAGUGGGUUCAUCCCCCAGGUCCCCCAGCUCCCCCAGUGGCUUCAUUCCCCAGCUCCCACAGCUCCUCCAGUGGCUUCAUCCCCCAGCUCCCCUAGUGGCUUCAUCCCCCAGGUCCCCCAGCUCCUCCAAUGGCUUCAUUCCGCAGCUCCCCCAGUGGCUUCAUUCCCCAGCUCCCCCAGUGGCUUCAUCCCCCAGCUCCCCCAGUGGCUUCAUCCCCCAGCUCCCCAAGUGGCUUCAUCCCCCAGCUCCCCCAGUGGCUUCAUCCCCCAGCUCCCCAAGCGGCUUCAUCCCCCAGCUCCCCCAGUGGCUUCAUCCCCCAGCUCCCCCGAGUGGGUUCAUCCCCCAGGUCCCCCAGCUCCCCCAGUGGCUUCAUUCCCCAGCUCCCCCAGUGGCUUCAUCCCCCAGGUCCCCCAGCGGCUUCAUCCCCCAGCUCCCCUAGUGGCUUCAUCCCCCAGGUCCCCCAGCUCCUCCAGUGGCUUCAUUCCGCAGCUCCCCCAGCUCCCCCAGUGGCUUCAUUCCCCAGCUCCCCCAGUGGCUUCAUCCCCCAGCUCCCCCAGUGGCUUAAUCCCCCAGCGGCUUCAUUCCCCAGGUCCCCCAGCUCCCCCAGCGGCUUCAUUCCCCAGGUCCCCCAGUGGCUUCAUUCCCCAGCUCCCCCAGUGGCUUCAUCCCCCAGCUCCCCCAGUGGCUUCAUCCCCAGCGGCUUCAUUCCCCAGGUCCCCCAGCUCCCCCAGCGGCUUCAUUCCCCAGGUCCCCCAGCUCCCCCAGCGGCUUCAUUCCCCAGGUCCCCCAGCUCCUCCAGUGGCUUCAUUCCCCAGGUCCCCCAGCUCCCACAGUGGUGAUGUUCAGAGUUAG